AUGCGUUUACUUGGUUUCAUAUUGUUACUUAUCGCAUUGGGCAUAAGUACCAGUGAUGAAUUUGAAAAAUAUGGUCUACUUCGGGAAAAAUGUCAACGAACUCCAACAAAUUCCGACUGCGUACAGCUUGCAUUAAAAUUUUCUGAAUUACUUAAGAAAUGCCAAAAAAUCAAGACACAAGAACAAGUUGUUAUUUGCCAACAAAUUAAAUUAAAAGUUUGUGCUAUUUUUCCAUUAUCUUGUAGUCAAUCAUCAACAAAAAAAAUACUUUCAACAACACAACAAACAAUAACCAUAUCUAAAUUAAUAAAGACAACAAAAAAAGCAGCAAUAGCUACUGCUAUAGGGGUAAAAACAAAAACAACAAUAACAGCAACAACAACAGCAGCAGCAGCAACAACCAAAACUGAAAAAACUGAAACAAUAACAAAAGAAGAAUUUGUUAAAGUUCCAAUUGAUCCUGAAGAAUUACGUGUACGUGGUGAAUAUUGUAUUCGUAAUGGAAAAGAAAAAAAAUGUCAAGAAUUAUUGACUAACCUUAAAAAUACAUAUUCAUCAUGUUCUAAAAAGAAACCUACAGCAGCACCAACGAAACCUGAACAACUUGAUUGUCAUUCAUUUCAAGAGCAUUUAUGUAAAGCAUUUCCAAAGUUUCCACCAUGUAUUAAAAAAACUCAAAAUUAA